CCCUGAAAUAAACCCUCAGUUACUGAGCUCAGGUGCCAACAUUCAAAGUAUUUAUAGAAUAUAAAUGUCUCAAUAUAGGCUGAUUACUAAUUAAGGCCCGCAUUACAUGACAGAUCUGAAACCUGUGCAAUUAGCAUAGGCAUUUAAUAAUCAGCCCUAUAGCAUCAGCUUUUAUGACAGGCAUAUUUUUCUGCUUGAUAGUCUCCUACAAACCCUAAGCUCAGCUUCUCAACUGAGCUUUUGCAGUAUCAUUAACACAUCUAACAAAACCCAAGAUGGUGACCCCCUGUGGACAAGUCUGAAGGCCUGAAUCAUUAAUUAAUAGACAUUAUUAAACUUAAAGGAAAGAGAGCAGUAGAUUAAGGAUGUAUGUUUUGUGCGCAUGCGCAGGUUUUCAGGCACAUGAUGCACGUAUGUGAUAUGGUCUUGCUCCGGAAGCACUCAGUGGGUGAAUGUCACAUCUUGGGAAAAUGUGCACCUGCCACAGUGCUACAGGAAGAAUAGAGUGUUUUUGGAGUGUUUGGGUCAGAAGACGCCACAACAAAAUUAAUAAUGAAUUUCGAAACUACACCUUCUUCAAAUAACUCCCUGUAUGACUCAGAGGACUCUGAUUUUGAUGAUUUUUUGAACAAAGGAAAACCAACUUCUUUGUCUUCAUUUCAAACCACGGCAUUGUUUAUCCUAAGCGUAGUGUUGGUCCUUGGCGUGCCAGGCAAUGCCUUGGUGGUGUGGAUAACAACCUGUGACAUGAAAAGGUCCGUCAACACAGUAUGGUUUCUGAAUCUGGCCAUUGCUGAUCUACUGUGCUGCCUCUCUGUACCCUUUACAAUAAUGGAGAUUGUCAUGGGUCAGUGGCCAUUGGGACUCGCUACCUGCAAACUGAUACCUACUCUACUAUUGAUUAAUAUGUAUGCCAGUGUCCUUUUACUGACUGUGAUAAGUAUAGACCGAUGGUUACUGGUUGCAAAACCAGUUUGGUGUCAGAACAAAAGGACUGUGAUAAAGGCAUAUUUGGCAUGUGCCAUAGUGUGGCUGUUGGCUCUUAUUUUGACCAGCCCAUCUUUUGUCUUUAGGCAAAUAGUUGUAAACAUUGUAGAAAAACAUGUUUGUGUAAUGCAUUACAAUAUUUCUAAAGAUCAUAUAGAAAAGGUCAAGCAAUUUAUUGCUAUUUUCCGAUUUUUAAUAGGCUUCAUUAUUCCCUUUGUAGUUAUCACUGUAUGCUAUGGUGUUUUAGUUAGGAAAGUCAGUGAGCGCUAUAACAAAUCUGGUAAGACAAUGAAAGUAGUAACUGUAGUGAUAAUUGGCUUCUUUGUCUGUUGGUUCCCUUACCAUAUAGCUGGUCUUAUAAUAGCUACUCAUUCAUCCAAUUCAGACCUUUACCAGAACACAUUGAAAAUAGACCCCAUUUUGGUUAGCUUUGCAAUUAUUAACAGUUGCAUCAAUCCUAUAAUUUAUGUUUUAGCAGGGCAAGACCUGAAAUCCAAAUUUAGGAAAUCCAUUAGAUCAGUAGUGAAGAACGUACUGGCAGAAGAAGAAAGUCAGUCAUUUGAUUCCAAGAAGACAAAAUCAAGUUCUGAGACAAAAAACACUGAUACAUGUGUGUAGUGUAAAGAAUCAAGUACAUUAACCAAACCUUGAAAUCAGAUCCUUUUUGAGAUGUGUGGAGGAAAUCAGAUUAGUGUCUGUGGUGGAUUAUUCUCUGUCUGUGGGAAAGAUAUUUCCUUUAUUGUUGGGGUCACUCAAGUAUAACAUAAACAGGUUAGGUCCUGUAUUGAACAUGCAAAAAUACAACAAAAAAAAUCUGCUUAAGUUUGGAUCCCUUAGAAAUGAACCCUGCUGUAUAUUGCCUGUUGAUUCCUAUUAAAAGAGAAAGGGGGUCAAAUGUGCAGUGUUGGACUGUGAUUUCCUGGGCCCACUGGUUGGUACAAUCUCAGGGCCCCACCACCAGAGCCUUGCGGCCCCCUUACUGCUGUCAUGGACCCCUCCUGUACUUGACGCAGGCCCUCCCACCGCACCUGAUGCAAAUUAUUUAUACCUCCACCCCAGUCCUCCUGGUGACUCCCCAGCCAGGUCUGAUGCUGCAUACUUGCCCUAAAUUUUAAAACAAUCCAAAGCAAAAGUGAAAAGCUUCUCCAGUGUCAUAAUAAAUCUGCAAUAUUGUACACUGUAAGGGAGAGAACUGAUUUUAUAUUGUUCUGCUUUUGGAGAUGCUCGGGUGGGCAGGCCCUGUAUUGUACUUUACAUAAUGUUCUGGACAACAAUAAAUAUCAGACAGUGAACACGGUUCAGAUCCUUUACGUCAGUGAAUUGCAAACUUUUUCAGCUUGAGGUUCAAAAUUGGCCUGGGCCCUACAUAGGCCAUACUAACAAUAUCUGCAAUAGCAUAAUAUGUAUUCACCCCACAUCAUAUCCUAAAUGAGCUUCCCACUAAGUUUCUGGAGACAAGUUGUAUAUAAAAGUAAAUUUAGUCAUUUUAUAUAUAUAUAUAUAUAUAUAAUAUAUAUAUGUAAAAAAGGUAAAUAUCUAAUAGUAUUUGUGUGACUUAUUUUAACUCUUGUGUGUUUGGAUACUUUACAACUAAAUAUAAAAUAUAAUGGGAUGACAAAAUCAUGUAAUUUAUUCAGAUUUUGCCAUGAAGUCUGUGGAAAGCUGUGGAAAUGCAGGGAUGCAGUUUGAUUCUGGGCCCAAAGUUACCAGCAGCACUUGCCAUUGGGAAGCAGCUCACUGGCAUCAGGUCUGCGAGACAUUGUCCUUAUGGCACUGACUAACUGGUCAAUGGUUCUCCAUCAUGAAUCAGCUAAUUCCAUAGUAAUGCAAUUUAAUGAAUGUAUGGGGUGGGAUAAUUUCAUUUCUGUGUAAUUAACUAAAUGCUUAAAUGGAUUUUAUGCAAAAUAAAAUGAGAUCUUACAUUGCCUUCUAACUACAAUAUUGUAUUACCUCCCCACUAAAACCACUUACCAAACAGAUGUAUUUACAUUCCAAUUUACAAAAUAUCAAAGGAACAAAAUACAGACUAUUUGUGGUUCUUAAGAAUA